AUGGUGUCGCAUAAAGUCUUAGAAUUUGGAGACGAUGGCUACCAAUUGCCUGCUAAGGCACGAGCUCCGAGAUCAGUCAGGAAGAGGCGCAUUUACGAGAAGCUUAUAUCAGAAGAUGAGAAAAUGUGCGCGAUUGACUUAUUGGCCACCGUAGCUGGAAACUUGCUGCUAGAGACCGAAAGUUCGGUAAAUGCAGGUCAAGAUAACUGUGUAGCUGUACAGAAUACUGUAAAGAAGGAAGUUCUGGAUGAAGGAAACCCCGUAAAGUCAGUACCUUUCUCUCAAGACAAUCCUUAUCAGGGAUCCUUGAGCCCCUGUGUUGAUGUGCAGUGUGGAUUCAGCUCCGUGAUAACAAAUCCUAAUGGCAAAGUAGAGAAUGAGGUGGAGGGUUUUAGUAAAUUGGGUUGUAUCGAUUCUUUUGAAGUCAGAAACUUUAGUAAGGAUCUUAAACCGGGUGUGAAUGAUGAAGUAAAACCUGAUGUUGUAGUUAGUAUAGGUAGUAACAGUAGUACUGAGGUGAGAGCAUGCGGGAACGGUAGUCCCCAUGGUUCUCGGGAUGAUGUAAAUUUAUAUGGUAGAGAUGAUGAUGAUGAAAAAUUCUCUGGGUACAUUCGCCCUCGUGUGACUAGGCCGGUGCCUCGUGUUGGAGACAGAAGAAUUAGGAAGAUAUGGGCAUCUAGACAUUGGAAAGGAGGUUCGCGGAACAACGCAGAUGCUAAGCCAUGGUAUUGCUCAAAGAGGAAUUAUUACUUGCACCAUCAUCAGAGGCAUUAUCCCGUCAAGAAAAGGAAAUAUUUUGACAAUAUUUCCGACUCGAAUUCUGAUGAUUAUCCUUUGCAAGCAAAGGCACAUAAAGGAAGCAAAACAACAUCUUCCAUGAAAAGUCGAAAUGCGUCCUUUGUGUCAAGGGACCAUCAUGUGAGGCUGCGGAUCAAAUCUUUUAGGGUGCCUGAGCUUUUCAUAGAGAUUCCAGAGACUGCUACUGUUGGCUCCUUGAAGCGUAUGGUGAUGGAAGCAGUGACCACCAUACUGGGUGAUGGACUCGGAGUUGGGCUGAUGGUUCAAGGGAAGAAAGUCCGAGACGAUAGCAAAACUCUUCUUCAGACUGGAAUCUCUGAGGAGAACACCCACCUGGACUCUCUUGGUUUUAGCCUUGAGCCCAGCUUAGAAACCACCCCUCAACCGUUGUUAUCCAGUUACCUGUCAGAGUAUGCCUGUGAUGAUUUGCCCUUAAGCCGCGACAAUGUGUUGGAUUCUAAUCAUGACUCAGCACCAUCCCCAGCAGAUGAUUGUAGAGCUUUGGUUCCCAUUGCGUCAGCAGCAGUGUUGGCUACUCAGACUACUCACCGUAAAUUUAAAAGGACUGAGCAGCAUCAAGCUGCUCAUCGUAGAAUUCGUCGACCUUUCUCAGUUACUGAAGUAGAAGCACUGGUCCAAGCUGUUGAAAAGCUCGGAACCGGAAGGUGGAGAGAUGUUAAGGUUCAUGCUUUUGAGGAUGCAGAUCACCGUACCUAUGUCGAUCUCAAGGAUAAAUGGAAGACACUAGUACACACGGCGAGGAUAUCUCCACAGCAGCGGAGAGGAGAGCCGGUGCCACAGGAUCUUCUGGACCGUGUUCUGAAGGCGCACGCUUACUGGUCACAACACCAAAUGCAUCAACUGCAGAUCGAACCACCACCCUCUCAGGCAGAUGCUCUAAUCUAA